CCCAAACAAGUUCCCGGUCUCAAGUUCUUUUUACAGUUUGACCUCGAACUCAGCAUAAAGAAUACGAUAAAAAAAAUGAUUAAACAUUCAAAAUCGGUUGUAAUUCAUAAAUUUGGAGGUUAUGAUGUUUUAAAGAUUGAAGAUUACUCUUUACCCGAUUUAAAAGAUAAAAUCGAAGUUGAAGUUUAUUAUUGCGGCUUAAACUUUUGCGAUAUCUACAAACGAUUGGGAUUUUUCAACAAACCGCUUCCUUUCGUGAUGGGAUCGGAAGCUUGUGGGGUUAUCACCGAUUUAGGAUUGAAAACCGAUCAAUUCCAAAUAGGUGAUCGCGUAAUUUGUUACGAUUUCGAAGAGGGAAUGUACCGAACGAUUUUAAGAACUUCCCCGGAAAAAUGUUUUAAAAUCCCCGACGAAAUUCCAAUGGAAGAUGGCGCUGCUAUCUUUCUAAAUUAUUUAACCGCCUAUUUCGCUUUAUUCGAAUUAGGAGGGAUCAAAUCGGGGUUUAACGUUUUUAUUAAAUCUUGUGGGGGUGGAUUUGGUUGUGCAGCAACCCAAUUAGCAAGGACUGUCAAAAACGUCACGAUAUACGGGACGGUAUCAAAAGGAAAAGAACAAGAAGUGCAACAAAACGGGGUUAAUUUCGUUUAUAACAACGAAAGUGAUUAUUUAAAUGAGGCGAAAAAGGAUUGUCCUGAAGGAUUCGAUUUAAUUUUGGAUAAUGAAUCGGGAUCUUGGCUUAAUGAAGGGUGUAAAGUUUUAAAGUUUUUUGGAAAAAUCGUUGUGUUAAGCGCAAAUUCGAUGAUAAAUAACCCCAAUUCUAUUUCGUUAUUUUCUAAAUUAAAACUAUUCGUGGGGGUGUUAUCUUUUCAAUUAUCGAGUUUAAUGAAUAAAUCGAACAGUGUGUGUGGGUUACACACAGGAAAUUUAGUGCGGGAGAAUCGAAAAAGAGUGUUGGAAUGUUUGAAUGUUAUUUUUGAUUUGUAUAAAAAUGGUGAGAUUAAGCCCAAAAUUGAUUCGAUUUGGCCAAUGGAAGAGGUUGUGCAAGCAUCAAAGGUUCUAGGUGAGAGGAGAAAUGUUGGGAAAGUCUUAUUAAAGAUGAGAAAUUAAGAUCUCUUUUUUCGUUCAGAAAAGUAUAUAUUUUUAUCAAUUUUAUCAGUGUAUAUAUUGAUUAACUAUAAUAUUACUGGUGUUCAAUAAAAUUAAAUUAUAUUGAA